CAUCACCCUUUCAACUAACCAACAAAUUGCCUUCAACACUCUCUCACAUCGAUUUCUCAUUUCUCAUUUCUCCGCCAAAACAAGGACCAGAGAUGGUGUGCUUCUGCUUUCUGGUGGACCAGCGGCGGGAGAUGCAGCGGAGCAAGCCGGCGGCCGGAAUCUGCUCCCGCUGCGGAGGCGGAGCCAGUGUUGCAGACAUGAAGACGGCCACAAGGUUCUGCUGUGUUCCCUUCUAUUGGAAAUCGUGGAGAGCCAUUGUUUGCACUUUCUGUGGAGCCGUUCUUCGCUCUUACCAACACUGAAUCCGUUCACAUCCGCUAAUAACAAAUUAUUAUCAUUAUUAUUUUCUAA